AUGGAGAACAAUGACAUUACUGAGGAGAGACAUAGCAUUAGCGAUGAACAAUAUGUUGCGUGGCAACGCCGAAUUUUCACCAUAUUGGAAACGUUCCUUCCUCGGGACGGUACUGGUAAUUUUAUCAGACCCGGACGUUUUGCUGCUUCCAAAGAAUCAACAGAUGCUUUGCCUUUAACCCUAGUGACUGAUAAAAGUGGUGUCGGAGAGUGUUCUAUUUGCUUAGAUGGGAUCGGCAUCGGCGGCCAGAUUUGCGCGAUGCCCUGUAACCAUGGCUUCCAUUCGGGUUGUAUUCGAAAGUGGUUGGGUAUUCGUCGGUCUUGCCCCGUUUGUCGAUUUAGAGUGCCCGUUGUCGCUCGGAGACAAGAAGAAAAGGAAAAUCGACGAGACGAUGAAGAUCGUUGA